CUGUUGCUUCUGUUCAUAAGUAGUAGAGGGUGCUCCACUCUACAAAUUCUGCGGUGUAUCAGAACUACAAAGUAGAUCACUGUUUGAUGGGAUCUCCUGAAGAUCAGAAGGUCCAUCCUGAUGGUUGUACUAGAGUGGUCAAACAAAAAGUGGAUCCGUCUGAGCUGGUCUAUAAUGUCCGAUCUUCUAGGAAAGAUACUUUCUUUUAUUCCAGACUCUCAUCAUUAUUCGAGACUAUACCUCGAUCGUUCUUCUUUGUUUCCAGGAUAUUUUCAUGACGGGGAUAAGUAUCUUCAUAAGGGGGAGUAGUGCUCGGACGAAGAACACGGAUUUUUUGACAAAUUGAUGGCCAUACUUGAGCCAUCUAAAUUUUUAGUCCUGAGACAUUUACGCGGCUAGUACUACUUCGCUCCUUUAUUUUCACAAGAACUUACUGAAUCGUGUUUGAGACGAACUUGAGCUUUUUAAAUCGUGACAUUACAUACAGGAGACUCGAAUAUUCAUUCAAGAUGGCUGACGAGUCGGGUGGUCCUCUGACCGACGAAGUAAAUGAGGUCAAGGAUGGCCACUCCUGGAAGCGCAUUUGCGCAGCGUUCGAAGAUGAGGCUGGGGAUUCUUUAGAGGAUUGCCUCGAAGACGAUAAAAGUCGCGUUCCUGAACCCUGGGUGGUGAACAUUCUCCGUGAAAAAAUAUGUAGCUCUACUACAACUGGUUGUAAUAGAAGUACUUCAAGAAGUACAAGUACGACAACUCCAACACCAACUCCAACACACGACUCUACAAGUACAACAACUCCAACUCCAACACACGACACUACAAGAAGAAGCCUGUCGUCAAGCUCAGGAAGUAGAAGAAAAGCAACUAAGAUUAUAUCUUCUGUCGCAGCUUCAACUUUGGUCCUGGAGGACUUUGUUGAGCGAGUGUUGACAAGAGAAGCAGCGGAUGAUGUAGUAGAAGAUGACGUUCUUGAUGACACUGAAGAUCAACAACUUAGAACGCUGGACACAAAGAGCGUACUAGAAGGAGACACGACAUCAACAAGGUCUCAAAUUCGAAGAGCGAUGAAAGUAUCAACAUCGACGUCUUGUUCCUCUUCCUCAACGUCAAGACCGUGUUCAGGAGCUGGAGUAGAACUACCAGGAGCCUCGACGACGACGAAAGAUGGAAAAAGUGGAGCCUUGGUACGAAAGUUUUUCAGACAAGAAAUGUUUUUGUCAAGCAGGGGACACAAGAGUGAACUGCUGUCGAACAAGUCACAUGAUGAAGAGCAGGGCCAAGCAGCUAAGGAGGAGAGUACAAUAAAUAGUUCUUUUCUGACUCGUUGUUCUCACCUAGUGGCGUUUCUGUCGAAGCAUUAUUGUGCCCCAUUACAACGUGUAGCAGAAGCAGUGGCUGCGAUUGACGAGGUAGAAAGCAUACGCAUCGCAGAGCAGGGUGAAGUAGAUGAUUCUGACCGACUUGCAAAACUUUCCAAUGCCUACGUGAAUUUGAUCAAGGCGAUGGAUGAGAUUCAGCCAUUCUUAGCAUCUUCCAGUGGUAGUGAUUCCAGUGGUAAAACUAGAUCUAGAUGCCGAGAUCCAGAUGUAGAAGAUGUGAUCAAGGUCGUUCUUGUGGACGAUUCUGUCGUGGACGAUUCUGUCGAGGAUUCACGACUACAGCAAUGUGCUGAGCCUCCCAAAGACGCUCCUCCUCCGAUGAAGAAACGGAGAGUGGUGAAAAAGAAAGGAGCUCUGGCCGAAAGUACUUCUACUUCAGGUGGAAAAGGCGUCAACACUCAAGUAGAGGUUGAUGUCUCUCGAAAUCAGGUUGCCCACAACCUAGCGCAAAUCUAUGCUCUACAAGGCAAACGCCGCGACUGCAUCGCGGUUUUGGAGAAAAACUUUCUCCGCAACUACAGAAAGAACCUUCUCCUCCUCGCUGGUGGUGGUGCAGCAAAAAGAACCCAAUCCGUGCAGCAUCUAAGGGAGCAGUCUCAACGUUUGCUUACCUUGCUCUUGCAGGAAGGGACAGACGACCGCGAAUUUGCAGCUGAACUUCUCACUUUCCUGGGCUAUAAGGCACGCUUUAGACAUUUUCCCUUAACUACGAGCGGAGAGGAGGACAUUGUACAACAACUCGAUCAUACACGAGGACAACUGUCAUCUACUCAGCAACGACUUGACCCACGACAAGAAGAGCAACUACCAGAAGACGAGGAUGAAGUGCCCCUCCUCGUAUUCGAUAAUGCCUUGUCUGCUACCUCGCUAUCAGAGUUGCGGUGGAUAUUCGAUAGGAAAUUCUUCACUGCUCACAACUACGACCCCUUACUCUACGAUUGCCGGUUGGCUAGAAGAAAUCCCGCAUAUUUUUCGCUGUUUCACGAUCUCUCUGCACCACGAACGAGCGUGGACAAGGUACUAAAGAGCUUCUUGGAAAGAGUCAUUGAGAAACUUCAACAAGGAGGUCAAGGGAGUGGCAACGUUGAGGCCAGCACUUCUGUAAAAAAAGUGAGAGAAGGACGAGAAGAAGUCGAAGAAGAUCUUCGUACAGCAACCUGCGAGAUGACAUCUUCACCUGCGUCUUCAACUACAAGCCCGAGGUCAACAUCAACCACGAACGACCCUGCAUCAGGCUCAACAGAAAGAUUUUUAGAAGUAAGAGAAGAUCGUAAAAAAAGAUUGGAACAUUUCGCCUCUCAGUUACAGCGCGUGCGCUAUGCGGAAACUUGGACUCAUCGGAGGAGCCAUCUAGGCUAUCACCAGCUGCAUGUGGACAGCAAAGACGAAGGGCAAGUUUUAAAUCCUGAAACUGGCAAAGUAGAAAAUCCCAUCGCAACUUUCGUACUCUUUUUGCAGUGUCGUGAUGGGGGUACAGAUGAUCACGAGGAUGAAGCAAAGCAGGAGGAAGCAGGAAGAAGGAGAAGUUGGAUCAAAAAUGACCAGAACGACUCAACAAAUCACUCUUCUCUAAGUACUACAAAUCCCUCUUCUUCAAGUACGUGCCCUCCAUGUCCACCGACUGUGAUUACGACUCAACGGCUUGGUUCAGAAGCAGCGACGUUGGAUGCAGCCACGUGCCAUUUAGUGUUUCCCAAAGAGAAUCGCGCAGUGUGCUUUUCGGGUGAUUUGUAUCACGGGGUUGUGCCGGGAAAGAUUCUUGGAGAUGAUAAUUUGUAUGUUGACCACGGUGUUGUAAGCAGCCUUCAACAAGGAGAAUCAGCUUCAGGUUCAGGAGAGGUAGAAGAAAGUUCUGCACCUACUACAGAGGUUGUUGUAGCCUAUCGCCAUACUGUGAUGAUUUCGCUAUGGGAAAACUUGGAGCCAGGCAAGCCAGGAAAGUCAAUGUUUAGAAGACAAUUACAGACUGAGGCGGAACCUGGUCAAGACAACGUGCGCAGCAAUGUGACGACAUCUUCAAGUGAACCAGGUGAAGAAGACGGUAGAACUUCUACAGGAGGUCUACUUACUGGAGAGUGCGAUUGGAAACAUAAAGCAAUUUUUGGUCGACGAGGAAGGGGAGAUCAAAUAAAUGCCGACACCUCCGAGGACAGCUCUGGUGGUUCUUCCAGUGAUAUUAAAGACGAGAAGAUUACCUUUGCAUCUCCUAUCUAUGGUGGCAAGGUAUGGGAGUCAGUCACUGGCGAGGGGCUUGAUGCGUCCGCUAAGGACUUUCACUUUCAUGAAGUUUUCCAAUUCUAAAUCCUAAGCAAAGAAGCCCUCCCUCGUCAGCACACGACAAAUUGAUACGAAGUCCAACUAAGUACUCGCAGGAGUUAAGAUGUUGAGCCAUUCCUUACAGAAGAAAAU